AUGGUUUCUGUGAGGGUCCUCUUCCUGGUCCUGAGUGUGAUGGGCGCAGUUCAGGCAGCAGAUCUCAGUGAAGGUGAAUUUAUCACUGAAGGAGGAGGUGUGCGUGGCCCAAGGCUUAUGGAAAAACAGCAGUCUGCCUGCAAAGAGUUGGACUGGCCCUUCUGCUCUGAUGAAGACUGGAACUACAAAUGCCCUUCUGGCUGCAGGAUGAAAGGAUUGAUUGAUGAAGUCAAUCAAGAUUUUACAAACAGAAUAAAUAAACUAAAAAAUUCACUAUUUGAUUAUCAGAAGAACAAUAAGGACUCUAACACAUUGACCAGGAACAUAAUUGAUAUUUUGAGAGGGGAUUUUGCCAAUUCUAAGAACAAUGAAAAUGCAUUUAGCCAAGUGUCAGAAGAUCUGAGAAGCAGAAUUGAGAUCCUGAAGCGCAAAGUUAUAGAACAAGUACAGCAUAUCCACCUUCUGCAGAAAAAUGUCAGGGAUCAGCUGAUAGAUAUGAAACGACUGGAGGUGGACAUUGAUAUUAAGAUCCGAUCUUGCAAAGGGUCAUGCAGUAGGGCUUUAGAACAUAAAGUAGAUCUGGAGGACUAUAAAGAUCAGCAGAAGCAACUUGAACAGGUUACUGCCAUAGACUUACUUCCCUCUAGAGACAGUCAAUAUUUACCACUGAUAAAAAUGAGGCCAGUUCCAGGCCCGAUUACCAGAGAGUUCAAGAGCCAGCUUCAGGAGACCCCUCCAGAGUGGAAGGCACUGCUGGAAACGCAGCAGAUGAAAAUGGAGUUAGAGAGGUUUGGUGGAGAUGGGCAUGCCAGAGGAGACUCUGCAUCUCAUGGAACAGGAUCAGCACAAGAAAGCCCCAGGAAGCCUGGAACUGGAAGUAUUGGAAAUGUGAACCCUGGGAUCUAUGGAUCUGGAGGUGCUGGCACUUGGAACACUGGUCAUCCUGAUCCCGGAAACGCUGGCACUUGGAACACUGGACGCCCUGAACCCGGAAGUGCUGGCACUUGGAACACUGGCCAUCCUGAGCCUGAAAGUGCUGGCACUUGGAACACUGGACGCCCUGAGCCUGGAGGUGUUGGCACUUGGGGCUCUGGAAGUUCUGUGUCUGCAAAUUUUAGGCCAGAUAGCUCAGGGCAUGGGAGCAUCAGGCCUUCCAACCCAGACUGGGGCACAUUUGAAGAGGUGUCAGGAAAUGUAAGUCCAGGGACAAAGAAAGAGCUUCACACAGGAAAAUUGGUCACUACUAAAGGAGAUAAAGAGCUUCUGAUUGGUAGUGAGAAGGUCACCCCUGGUCACACAGCCAGCACUCGUCGUUCAUGCUCUAAAAUCAUCACAAGGACUAUUACACAUGCCGAUGGUCGCACAGAAAUGACCAAAGAAGUGGUAAACUCCGAAGAUGGCUCUGACUGUACUGACACAGAUUUAGACUUGCAGUUGUCUGGCAGGGGUAGCCUAGAUGAUUUCUUUCAUAGGCACAAUGAUGGUUUUUUCUCCUCUACGUUUAAAGAGCUUGACAGUAAGAUCCAUUCUAUGGGCUCAGACUUAGGGGAUAUCAGCUCUCACCACCUCGGCAUACCUGAGGUCUCUUCCAGUAGUAAAACUUCAAGUCAUGGCAAAGAGUUUGCAAGCAGUAGCAUGACUAUCAACAGAGGAGGCUCCACGUUUGAAAGCAAGGGCUAUAAAAUGGCAGAUGAGGCUGGAAGUGAAGAGGAUCUUGGCUACAAAGGAGCACAUGUCACCAAGAGAGGCCAUGCUAAAACUCGCCCUGCCAGAGGUAUCCACACUUCUCCUUUGGGGAAGCCUUCCGUGACCCCCUAG